AGCUCAGUUCCCCACCAGAUGAACCAUGUUCACUCUGUGCAAGCUUUAUAGGGCCUGCUGAUGUAUUGACUCGAGGACUUAGCCGUCACAGAUGGGUUCAACAGUGGUUCUACAGGAGAGACAGGUCGAGACGCAUUCUAAGAAUAACAUAUGUUCCUCGGAAACACGUUUCGGGCUUUUUCAUUCUGAGUGUGCCACUUGUUCAAGUAUAUAUGUAGGGUCACCCUGUGUGGUGUGCAGGCAUCUGAGGCUGAUGCAUAUUGUAUAAUUUUAUCUUGAGGUAUUCCAGUCGGAGGAUAUAUUUCAUCCUCGUUGCUUGCGAUUUCAAUUUGGUAUCAGGGGAUAUAGAUCCC